ACUAGUAAAACAUGGUUUAACUAAUACACCUGUCCCUGACAACACUGCUGCCCCUACAACAAAAAAGGCCAGUAAAAGGCUUCAGCCGAAGGUAGAAUGUCCCUGCUCCCUUGUGACUGCUAAGGAGCACAGCAAAAGACAAGUGUUAAGGAAAAAAUCAUUUGGAGUUUUAUGGUUGCGGAAAUGCUGUAAUUUGCUUAUGAUGCCUAGAAAAUCUUCUCCGUUUACAGGCCGUAACAGAUUACACUCUCAUAAGCUUGGUGCAAGAAGAAGCCUUAAAAUAUUAGAUUUGUGGCUGUGGUUUUACAAACGAUUUUGGAAGUGCCGUAAAAAUCUAAAAAGUAACUUUGAGAAAGUAUUUUCUUAUUUGAAGCUUAAGAUUCGACAACCUGCCAAGGCAGUAAGCAGGACAUACGAUAUGAACAAUAACAAAUCAGGAAUAUUAUGCGAAAUACAACCACGCACAACCAAUGCUUGCCUACGAGAUGAGACUGUUAAGCUACAGAGAGUGGACAAUGAGACUCCGUUUUCAAAUGUGGCAGCAAACAGAACGAUAUUAAAAGACAGCCAGCAGCCGGCAAUUUGUAUGGGUGCUCAGUGGAGUUCCGAGGACACAUCGCAAAAGAAAUUAAGUGAAGUUCCUGUGAUAAAUAGUUAUCCUGAUUUGUGUCUCUUAUCAGAAAAAGAGGUGUCUAUAUCUUCCCAAGAGGAAGGCGAUGUACAGGGAGAUCAGGAUGAAGAGACUAUGCUCCUGGCUCCUGAUAAAAUAAAGCCAUGUACAAGUGAAAAUGUUGACUUUCAGGACAAUGCAGAGGGACUGGAAAAUGGAGAGGAUUCCUGUCCCAUGGAAGUAGAUGAGAACAGCAGUUCGGAUGUAUUUAAUACAAAGCUACUAGACCACCCUUACUGUAAAAGCCCUUUGCAAGAGACGUUACUUGAAGAGGGAUUAGACAUUUCAGCAAAACAGGGCUUAAAGAAUGGCCAUAAAAUAAUCAGUAAUGUCACUGAUGAUCAACUGGUGUCUGCGCUUUGUGGUCUUCUAAAUGAGACUAUGAAGAAAUAUGGUAGUUUAAUCCCAUUGUCUGAGAAAGAUGUACUGACUCGAUUAAAGGAAGUCUUCAAUGAGGACCUUUCAUACAGGGCUUCAUUCAUCAAUAAAGAAAUAUCAAAAUUCAGAGCCAAGCAUUCCAAGACUACUGCGUGCAGUUUCCGCGUCUUAUACAAUAAACAUGUGCUUGACAUGGAUGACCUCACUACCCUUGAUGGACAAAAUUGGAUCAAUGAUCAGGUUAUCAAUAUGUAUGGUGAACUAAUAAUGGAUGCUGUUCCAGAAAAGGUUCAUUUCUUAAACAGUUUCUUUCAUCGGCAACUUAUGACCAAAGGUUAUAAUGGUGUGAAAAGAUGGACUAAAAAGGUAGAUGUGUUCAAAAAGAUCUUGCUGUUAAUUCCAAUUCAUCUAGAAGUCCACUGGUCUCUCAUUACUGUGAAUAUACCCAAAAAGCUCAUUUCCUUUUAUGAUUCCCAAGGCAUACAUUUUAAAUUUUGUGUAGAGAAUAUCCGCAAAUACCUAAUUACAGAAGCCAAGGAGAAAAGUUACCCAGAGUUUCUUGAUGGAUGGCAGACCGCUGUUACCAAGUGCAUUCCACAACAAAAGAAUGACAGUGACUGUGGAGUUUUUGUUCUUCAGUAUUGCAAGUGCCUCGCUCUAGAACAGCCUUUCCAGUUCUCCCAAGAAGACAUGCCUCGUGUGCGGAAGCGGAUAUACAAAGAACUUUGUGAAUGCAGACUUAUGGAUUAAACAUCAAAGCUGCUCUUUCUUGACCUUUUGGAAAAGUUCAAGCUCUACUUGAAUUACUAAAUACUUCCACAACUUUAAAACACGAUUUUAGAAGGGUGGAUAACCCUCCAUCGUUACCUCAGAUGUUUAAUUUUCUUGGGACAUUAAAAUGGUCAGCAUCAAAGAGCUGACACUGAAAUAUUUGUGGCUUCAGUUUGUUUUGUGUAUUUAAUAUUUAUUAUGUAAGCAUGCAAAUACCCAGACGCAUGCAGCAGUAAAACGGAACUGUAGAUUCAAUGCACCUUUGACUUGUAGAUAAGUUACAAAAAAAGUUUUAAUUUUAAUGAUAUGUAUGAAUCUAGCAGGUACAUUUUCCUGUGAGCUCAAAAUCUGUAUUUACUUGUAAAUGUUAUUCCUGUGGAAAAAAAAAUAUCACACAUUACAUAUAUUUUGACCAGACCUGUUAUAUUUACAAUUUUUGUUCCAUCUUUUAUAGGUAUUUGCAACACUUGUUUGCAAACAUGUAUUUUAGGAGAUUUGCUUCGGCCUUAUCUAUAGUGCUCUUUCUGUUUAUUUUUGUGUUUACUAAAACUAUGUAAUC